UCGUCCCCCAGAAUGCACCCAAUACCAUUUAACUUCUUUGCUUUCUUUGUAUUAGCAGCUUGUGUAGGGGGAAACAAUUAUGAAGAGGGUUUCCUUUGUUGCCUUGUGUGUGGUGGCACUCGCGGUGGUGCUGUUUUCGGGUGAAAGUCGCACGGCGGAGGCAGUGACAUGUAAUCCCGUGGAGCUUGCCCCCUGCUCGCCGGCGCUUACGUCGUCCUCGCCUCCAUCAAGCGCUUGUUGCAGCAAGCUGAAGGCGCAGCAGCCAUGCCUCUGUGGAUACCUUAAGAACCCAUCUCUUAAACAGUAUGUCAACAGUCCUAACGCUAAAAAGGUUGCUUCGACUUGUGGAGUCCCAUAUCCUAAGUGUUAAAUGUUGCUUAAUGGUGUAUCUACUAUCUACUGGCAGCAAAUAAGUGAUUCUUUUUGCUGUCAAGUACUGUUCUGAAUAAAAGAAUAAUGAUAAAAUAUUAGAUAAAAUUAAGGUAAUAUUUUACUUAUGUUGGAAGAAAUGAUAAAUUAGUAUGGCUUACAGUUUCUCCAUCGUGAAAA